UUUAAUGGUAAACCGGAAAUAACAUCGUACCUGUGUAUUUCCGCCAAGCAAAAUUGUUUGUGUUGUUUUUAAAGUGUUCAUUGUCGAGCACAUGGGAAAGAAUAUGAAAAAAUCCAAGAAAGAUCGCAAGUCUAGUGAAGUAGCAACUGAAGGCGAUGAAUCUGUAGCUGGCCCUUCAGUUGAAAAUACAUUGGAACAAGUUGUAUACACUAGUCCAAUAGCACAGCCUAUGGCGUCUUCGAAAGUGACGAAGAAAAUCCGUAAAUUAAUUAAAGCAAGUUUGGCAUUAAAUGAAAAGAUGUAUCUUCGGAAUGGGUUGAAAGAUGUUCAGUCGAGCAUUCGCAAAAAGGAAAGAGGUCUUGUUGUUUUUGCUGGAGAUGUUACACCAAUAGAAGUAAUGUGCCACCUUCCGGGAGUGUGUGAGGAGCUUGAUAUCCCUUAUGUGUAUGUUAACUCACGCCAGGUUUUGGGAUCAGCGCUGGGUAUGAAACGAGGUUCACUGAUGGUUCUGUUGAAAAGACAUGAUAAUUAUGGAGAUCUGUAUGAUAAAGUGGUUAAGUCAAUUAAUUCUUUACCUCCGCCAUGGACUUACGAGUUUCAGUAAUGCCUCAAUGAUUUGGUACUGCAAGAUGUGUGUGAAUAUUCAACAAAACUGAUCACAUUAUUAUAUCUUUAGGAAUGUUUAUUGUUACUGUAUUAAUUUUAACAGCGGGGUUAAACUUAAUAAAUUACAAUUUAUAUAUA